GUUGGCAGUCAUGUUUCAGGAAACGAGUCGAAUAGCGCGAAGCUUAUUGUAUAGGGACCGGAUACCGGAUGGACGCAGAAUUGAGUGUUGAGUAGAGUAUAGAGUGUGAUAUAUACACGUUCACGAGUAGAUCUCUGAUACUUGCGAGUGAUAAUGAUCGUCGACACGAACGAGUGAUUCGUGAAUUAUCGUUGUAUCUUAUCGUCCAUCAAGGACGAUUGCCGUUCCUCUUGCCUGUGAUAUGCCAAUAAUUAGCAUUCGCAGCCCCGCGAAUGAACGUCCCGCGGUCUUAGAGUCGACCGACGCUACGCAACGAACAGCGCAUCCUCGUCGUCGAGGCGCAGUCAUUGAAGAUAUCUGAAAGUACAGAGCAUCAAGAUGAGUACAGCUUUGGAAAAUGGAGCUGGUGACCGUAAAGCGGCUCCCAAGCAAAAAACCAUUGAGGGUAUUUAUCAAAAGAAAUCACAGUUGGAACACAUUUUAUUGCGUCCGGAUACCUAUAUUGGAUCUGUGGAACCAGUAGUGGAAAUGAUGUGGAUCUUUGAGAAAGAAAAAGAUAUGAUGGUUCAAAAGGAUAUUAAGUAUGUUCCUGGAUUAUACAAAAUUUUUGAUGAAAUUCUAGUAAAUGCUGCUGAUAACAAGCAGCGUGACCCAAAGAUGGACAUGAUCAAAAUUGAUAUUGAUUCUGAAAACAACACUAUUUCCGUGUGGAAUAAUGGAAAAGGUAUUCCUGUAGUAAUACACAAAGAGGAGAAUAUGUAUGUACCUACCAUGAUAUUUGGCCAUCUUUUGACAUCAUCAAAUUAUGAUGAUGAAGAGGAAAAGGUGACUGGUGGCAGAAAUGGUUAUGGCGCCAAGUUGUGUAAUAUUUUUAGUCAUCGUUUUACCGUUGAGACAGCUUCAAAAGAAUACAAGAAAUGUUUAAAGCAAACAUGGGGCAAUAAUAUGGGAAAAGCUAGCGAACCUAGGAUUAAAGAAUAUCAUGGGGAUGAUUUCACUAAGGUCACAUUUUCACCAGACUUGACAAAGUUUAAAAUGCAAUCUCUUGAUAAUGAUAUUGUAGCUCUUAUGUCUAGAAGAGCAUACGAUGUAGCUGCAUCCAGCAAGGGCGUCAAGGUUUAUUUGAAUGGAAGCCGUAUUCCAGUAAAGAAUUUUAAGGAUUAUGUUGAUUUUUACAUUAAAGGAAAAGAGGAUGAUAUUGGUAAUCCGUUGAAAGUUGUAUACGAGAAUUGUGGUCCACGCUGGGAAGUUGCUUGCACUUUAUCUGACAAAGGAUUUCAGCAAAUGUCAUUUGUAAAUAGUAUCGCAACAACGAAGGGUGGCAGACACGUCGAUCACGUCACCGAGUUAAUUGUCAAACAAUUGAUAGAAACAUUAAAAAAGAAAAAUAAGGCUGGUGUAGCUAUUAAACCGUUUCAAAUCAAGAAUCACAUGUGGAUCUUUGUCAAUUGUCUCAUCAACAAUCCUACAUUUGACUCGCAAACUAAGGAGAAUAUGACUCUACAGGCGAAAAGUUUUGGCUCCAAAUGCACGCUCACCGAUAAGUUCAUCGCUUCGAUCACGAAAAUCGGAGUCGUGGAAGCAGUACUAAGCUGGGCGAAGUUUAAAGCUGAUAGUCAGCUUGAGAAAUUGGGUCCUAAGUCAAAGCAAAGAAAACUUCAUGGUAUACCAAAAUUAGAGGACGCCAACGAUGCAGGAACUGCAAAGUCAUUAGAAUGCACUCUUAUAUUAACUGAGGGAGAUUCAGCCAAAACAAUGGCUGUAUCUGGUAUCGCUUCCAUAGGCAGAGAUAAAUAUGGCAUAUUUCCAUUAAGAGGCAAAAUGUUAAACGUAAGGGAAGCUACUCAUAAACAAAUCUUGGAAAAUGCUGAGAUCAACAAUUUGAUUAAAAUUCUUGGUCUUCAAUAUAAAAAAAAAUACGAGACUCGAGAUGAUUUAAAAACAUUGCGCUAUGGAAAAAUGAUGAUUAUGACAGAUCAGGAUCAGGAUGGUUCACAUAUCAAAGGUCUCUUGAUUAAUUUUAUCCAUCAUAACUGGCCGUCAUUGUUGAAAUUAAAUUUUGUCGAAGAGUUCAUCACGCCUAUUGUGAAGGCUACUAAGGGUAGCCAAUCUUUAUCUUUUUUCUCGUUGCCAGAAUUUGAGGCAUGGAAAAAAGAGACAGAAAAUUUUCACACAUAUAAAAUCAAAUACUACAAAGGUUUGGGUACUUCCACCGCCAAAGAGGCAAAGGAGUACUUUGAAAAUAUGGCUAGACACAGAAUACGCUUUCGAUACGACGGCGACAAAGACGAUCAAAACAUCAUCAUGGCAUUUAGUAAGAAAUGCGUUGAUCAACGUAAGGAUUGGCUGAUGAACCAUAUGAACGAGACGAAGAGACGAAAGGAAAUCGGCCUCGGUGAACGUUACCUUUAUGAAAAGGAUACACGCACUGUCUCCUUUUCAGAUUUUAUCAAUGUCGAACUAGUGUUGUACAGUAAUUACGAUAACGUAAGAUCCAUACCGAAUAUGAUUGACGGCUUUAAGCCGGGCCAGAGGAAAGUGAUGUUUACUUGUUUAAAACGUAAUGAUAAACGUGAGGUAAAAGUGGCGCAAUUGGCGGGCUCGGUCGCCGAGCACUCAGCUUAUCACCACGGCGAGACAUCCUUGAUGGCGACUAUAAUUAAUCUUGCUCAGAAUUUUGUCGGUAGCAACAAUAUUAAUCUUCUACAACCUAUUGGUCAAUUCGGUACAAGACUCACCGGAGGAAAGGACGCCGCCAGUCCGAGAUAUAUUUUCACAAUGCUUAGCCCACUAGCAAGGUUCAUAUUUCACAAACAUGACGACGCCCUAUUAAAACACGAAUACGAUGAUAAUCAAAAGAUUGAACCUGUUUUUUACGUGCCUGUUAUCCCUAUGAUAUUGAUAAAUGGCGCCGACGGUAUCGGUACCGGAUGGAUGACAAAGAUUCCGAACUACAAUCCUCGUGAAAUCAUCGAAAAUCUACAUAGGAUGAUGGACGGCGCGGAUCCCAAACCUAUGUCACCGUACUACAAAAAUUUCAAAGGCGUCGUGGAGAGUUGUGGCGAUUAUCGCUACGUUAUAAGUGGAGAAAUAUCAGUAAUUGGACCAGAUAAGCUGGAAAUCACUGAACUUCCUAUUGGUACAUGGACACAAACAUAUAAAGAAACUGUGUUAGAGCCCAUGUUACAUGGAACUGAUAAAAUACCGGCUGUCAUCACGGAUUACAAAGAGUACAAUACAGAUACGGCUGUACACUUCAUAAUAAUUUUAAAUCGUGAUAAAUUAUUGGAGCUAGAAAAAGAGGGUCUUCAUAAAGCAUUUAAACUCCAGACAACUAUGACAAUAACAUCUAUGUGCGCUUUCGAUGAAAAUCAAUGUUUAAACAAAUACGAAAAUGCGAUACAGAUAUUAAAAGUGUUUUAUAAAGUACGUCUGGAGAUGUAUCACAAGAGGAAAGAUUAUCUAGAAGGGAUUUUAAAAGCGGAAUCAGCCAAGCUGUCAAAUCAGGCUCGCUUUAUUCUCGAAAAGUGCGAUGGCACUUUAGUGAUAGAGAAUAAGAAGAAAAAGGAUAUGAUAGCAGAAUUGAUCAGACGCAAUUACGAUUCGGAUCCGGUCAUAGUUUGGAAACUAUCACAAAAUAGGGAACAAGUAUUGGAAGAAGCAGCAGGAAAUGAUGACGAUGACGAGAGUGCUCCAACUGCAACCGCGAUAGAAAAAGAGAAUUUUGAUUACCUUCUCGGAAUGACUAUGUGGAGUCUGACGAAGGAGAAAAAGGAUGAUCUAUUGCGACAACGGGAUGAAAAGAUAGGAGAGUUAGAGAGACUGCAAGCCCGCUCCCCAAUGUCUUUGUGGAAAGAAGAUCUGGACAAUUUGUUGGCCGAAUUAAAUAAGUUAGAAGAAAAAGAGCAGAAAGAAGACAGUAAAUCGAAACGAAACGAUAAAAAACCGCCUUCGAAGUUCUAUAAAAAUGAAGAUACUCGUCGCAUAGUUCCCGUCAUUGAUGUUGAAUUGAAGAAAAAGAUAGAAAAGGCGGAGAUUGUAUCGAAGGAUAGGAAGGAAGGCAUAAUAAAGAAAUCGAGGACGAAGAAAGAGCCAAUCUCUGUGGAGGAGAAAAACGAAUUUGAUGUGUUAGCUGAUUCAGAUUUCAAACCCCUCGAUCAUAGGGUUGGACUUUCUCCCGAGAAGUUAGAAAAGAAAGCAGCUGCAAAAAAAGGUUUGAAGCAAUCCACGUUGCAAUUCAAGCCGAUCAAAAAAGGAGCGAAGAAGAAGGACAAGGACUCUGACGAUAGUGACGACAUUGAUUUCGGUAGUAUUUCGCCACUCCCACAACGAUCAUCUCGCAGAGCUACAGCCAAGAAGAAUGUUUAUAAUUACAAGGAUAUGAACAGUGAUGAUUCGGAUGAUGACAAUCGCGAUAUGUUCAAUCCCUCUUCCGACUCCGAACAAGUAUCCAAUAAGAAAGAUUCUGUUGUGACACUAAGCGAUUCCGACGACAAUUUUAAACCAAGCAAGAAACCGCCCCAACCAACACCAACUUCGGAAGAACUAUUCGAUUCGUUAGUCGGCAAUUCUUCUCUGGAGAAUCAACAAAAACCUAAUAUAUCCUCAUCCGGGGAAGAUUCUCCUAUAAAGUUUACACCACCUAAAAAGGCACCUGCUAAGAAGAAAACCGAGAACGACAAAGGAAUGAAGAGGAAGGCGAAGAAAAAAUCAAAAUCAUCUGACGAUUCCGACACGGACGAGAUAUUUACUAAGCAAACUCAGACGAAGAAGAAAAAGAAGAAAUUCGAUUCCGAUGAAGAUGUAGUAAUGGAUGAUUCGCAAUUACUGCCGCCACGCAAGAUAGUUGGUCGAGUUCGAAAGCCUGUAUCUUACGCGGUCAAAUCAGACGAUGAAGACUCAGAUUGAACGUUGUCUUGUUCACGCCUUGCCGAAAACGAGUGUGAUUAACUAAAACAUAGUUUAAACCGUAAAUUAAAGCAAGGCGGAUGGGAUCGUUAUGAAGAGACAAGUUUCAUCACACAAUUUUAGAAAGAUUUUAACUUCACUAAGAAUGUCGAUCUUGACACUAGUAAUAAUUUUACGAGGAAUUUGACGUACUAGAAUCUGCCAAACGCGUAUUAAAAAUGUGUUUGUCGAAGUAUUUAAUCGAAUUAUAACUCGGAAGAUUUACUCAAGCGACAUUCAAAUUGAGGUGUUCUUUUUGGAAAACACUUCGCAAUCUUGUAUAUAUAAGUUUACUACUCGAAUAUGCAUAGUGUAAAUGCGAAAAGAGUUUCGCGAAACUAAUAAACGCUGUGGACGGCGCUACAGGACGUAUGGGUGUAACCAAAAUAUUCACAUGAAUCUCAUCGCGUGAUUUGAAUCCUUUCCAAAAAGUUUGUUUAUUAACGAAGAUUGUAUAUUGUAUUAUAUUUAUGAUAUAUCGAUCAAUUCACAUGUUUAGAUUUUUUUUUUUUUUUUUAACCUAUGAAAAAUUACGUGACUCUUAUCUUGCGAAGAGAACGUCCAGCACUGUCUGCGCUAGAUAGAUUAAUUAGCACCGCGCAUUGCGAAGGGAGUGGACUUUUCUAAAAAUCACGAUUGCACAAUCGUGUUACACUCCUCGUCAUCAGAAAUCUCAUUUGUCUUCGGUAAAACUUGGAUAAAAAAGAGACGUAUACUGAUCCCGGAAAAUGUUUUAUAAAAAAUGAAAAGAAAGAAAAAUAUGAAAUAUACACAAUUUUUAAAUAUAUUUUUACAUACGCGUCACAAUAUGGUUUUUUUCAGGUUAUCUAAAAGACUAAAGAAAAUUAUAUAUACACAGCGGUAAAUGUCUAUUAUACAUAUAUACAUAGAACGGAUCUUACGGCUAAUGCGGCGCUCAAAUAUCGGUUAAGCGAAAACUGUCGGACGUUUUAUUUUUAACUUUAUACUGACCACACGUAGAAUAAAAUAAGUUUACUUCGUGCUUGUUUUUUAAUGUAGGUAACAAAUAAAUUUGUAGAUUUUAAAAUGCUGAGCGCGAGAGUCCACACGGUGUAACAAGAAUAGAGAAUCGUAAUUGAAACUACAGUCAGGAAACAAAUUGACAUGAAAAAUCGAUAGCUAUAAUUAAUUUCCCUGAUAUAAUUAGGUUUCUCCUCCUUUCUCUGUCUUGUGUACAAUUGAUAUAUUUUUCGCAAUUAUAUAAUUCACAUAUGAAAUUAAGGAAUAAUUGACUUUCACGGUUAUUGGUGUUCAUUAAAAUUCAAUUUCUGACUGUACAUACAUCUACUAGUUAUAUGUAAUCGUUCAUUCGUAGAAUAAGAACAAAAAGAAUUAAUAAUUGCAAUUAGCGCGGCGAUUUUGCACUUGAUAUUAAUUAAGUAUCUUAAAAGAUCCGAUUAUAAAAAUUUCAAAACCACUGGACUAUAUCCCUCGCGCGCGCGUGCGUUCUCAGUCCAAUCAAUACUUUGUAUAUCUUCAGCAAUUUUCAUUUUUAUAUAAUUCGCAUACAUGAAAUAGAUAUAUACAUAUAUCAAUAAAAUGUUUUAUCUUUUUAGACUCGGUAA